AUGGAUAAUUACGAAUCGCCUUCAGAAGUUUUAAAAAAAAAACAGAAUGGCCAGAUUGUAGAAAAUGAAAAACCUGUAGAGCCAUUAAAUGAAGACACAAAAAGCAAGUUAAAAUUUAUUGACAUAUUUAAUGAAAAUAAUGAUACAGAUAAAAAUGAAGAAAUAAAUACAUUUUUAAAACAGAAAAAAGUUAUAAAAAAAAGAAAAGACAAAAAAAAAGGUAUCCCAUUUUUUGAUGAUAAUUAUACAAACAUAGAUAUGCCAGAUUUAGACUUCUCUUUUGGAAACACAAAUUUAAAAAUAAAUGACAACAUUUUAAACGAUGAUUAUAAAACUAAAAAUGACAUGUAUGACGAUAGCCUAUAUGAUAAUUACAAUAAUAAGGUUAGUUAUUUGGUUAGUGAAGUUUAUAGAUUAAAAUCAGAAUUAGAAGAAAGUUCACAAAAAGAAUGCAAAAAAAAUGAAGAAAAUAAAAUAUUAUUGGAAAAAAAUAAUAUACUUAGCGAUAGUAUUGAUUCUAUGAAAAAGGAUAUUGAAAAAUUGAAAAAUAUAUAUGAAGAAGAAACACUUAGAAUAAAAGAAUCUUAUGAUAGACGUCUUGAGGUGUUAAAAAGUGAAUUAACCGAAAAAGAUGAUUAUUUAAAAAAAAAAAUAUUAGAUUGUGAAAAUGAAGCUAAUAAUAAAAUAACUGAUCAUGAAAAUAAAUAUCUUAAUGAGAAAAAAAAAAAUGACGAAUUAGCUACAUCAUUGGAAAAUGUAACUAAAGAAAAGGAAGACAUUGUUAGGCAAUACACAUGUGAAAUUGCGAACCAUAAAAGGGAGCAGGACAAAUAUAAGAGUGAAAUGGAAAAGUGGAAGGACGAGGCGGAAAAGUAUAAAAAAGAAAUGGAAUAUUAUAAGAAAGAAGCGGAAAAUUAUAAAAACGAAACUGAUAAGUAUAAGAAAGAAAUGGAGCAUUAUAAGAAUGAAACUGAUAAGUGGAAAACGGAAACAGAGAAAAGCAAAGACGAAAUGAAUCAACGUAUUGAAAAAAUGAAUGAAAUAAAUGAGGAGAUAAAAAGAAUAGAAAAUAUAUUAACCGAAGAAAAAAAAACUAAUGAAAAACUUCAAACAAUAAUAGAAAAUAGUGAAAAAGAUAUUACAAAUUUAAAUAAUGCCAUUAAUCAAAAAAAUGAAACUAUUAAAACAAUGGUAAAUGAUAUCUUAUUAGUCAAAAAUGUAUAUGAAGAAUUGGUUAAAGAAAAAGAAGAAAAUGAAAUAAGCAAACAAAAAUUAGUUAAAGAAAUUAAAGAAUACGAAAAAAAAAUAACAUAUUUAAAAAGUAGUGUUGAAGAAUAUAACGAAAAUAAUCAAAAACUCGUAAAAUGUAAUCAAAAGUUGAAUGAAAAUAUUAGAAAAAAAGAAAAAGAAAUUACUGCUCUUCAAAAUGAAAAUAUAUAUUUAAAAAGAGAAAAUGUAGUAUUUAAUCAAAAUUUUUUAAACUCAAAAUCGUGUAAGAGUGGACAAAUAAAUGAAUGUUCCUCUGAUUCAACUAAUUCUUGUAAACAAAAUGAAAAGCACAUGAAUAAAUAUCAAGACAACGAUUUCGAAGUUGGAAAAAAAAAAAAAAUACAUAAAAAAACUAAAAAUAAAAAAAAAAUAUGUAUAAAAGAAAAGGAAGACAUAAGUACAGAUACAAAUGGGGAAACUGAAUCGGACGAUGAAAAAAUCGAAUAUAACAUAGAAAUAUGUGAUGAAUCCGAAAAAGACGAGAAUUUAAAUGAACAAACAAAAGUAGGAAUCAUAAAGGAUACUACAAAAAGUAUUGAAUUAGUUAAAGAAGAAAAAGAUAAAAUCCAAAAUAUAGGAGGAAACAAUUUUAUUGUUCCGAAAAAUAAUAGUAAUAAAAUAGGUAGCGAAAAAUUGUUAAGCUAUAAACAGCUUAAUAUGAACAUAUUUGAUUCUAAGAAAAAUGAAAAUAACCAUUUCAUAAAUGAUAAAGGGAAAAAAAUUAGUUCGAAUAUUGCCAUAGAUCAAUCUGAUUAUAAUAAUGACAUUUUACAUAUAGAAUAUUCAUCUCCUGUAAAUUUAAAAAAAAAAAUAAAAGAACAACUUAAGCAUAGUCUUAUGCAAACUAACAAAAUUCAACUUUUUGACAUAACAAGUAAUUUAGUAAAUAUAGACAAUUUGAGCAAUGCAUUAGAGAGAAAAACGAAAUCAAAUUUUAUAAAAAGGGAUAUUCAUGACAAACUUGGAAUUUUUUAUGAUGAAUCUAAUGAUGAUAUACCAUAUCAAGAAAGUGAAGAAGAAGAUGAGAAUAAUAAUAAUAAAAAAGAAAUAUGGAUGAAUAAUACAAAAAAAGGAUAUCUCAAUCUAAAAACUAAUAGCUUAUUAGAUAACACAUUAAGUGGCAAUUUUUCGAAUAAACAAUUGAACAGUAGUUUUCUUGAUAAAAAAAUGAAUAAUCCUUUUAUUAAUAAAGAAUUUGGAAGUAAUAAAUAUUUAUAUGAUUUAAAUUUAUAUAAACUAAAAAAAUGUAAUAUCAUUAGCUAUAAUAAUAGUAUAAUACCUAUAAAAAGGACAAAAAAAAAUAAUUUGAUGAGAAGUAUAAUGGAUAGUAACAAAACAUACAUAGAUAGUAUAAACAAGCUAAAUGCAGAUAAAAAUUAUUUAAAUAAAUAUAAUGAACGAAAUGAAAUGAAUAAUUCGUCAUUAAAAUGGAGUGAUACAAAUACUGUAAGUAACAUAAAUCAACUGCAUGAUGACCAAGGCGAGGUUAUAAUUCAGCCAAUAAAUUUACAAACCAUAGAGAAUGUUAAAGGAGAUAACAAAGCUAUUGAUUAUUUCCUUUCUCAUAUACAAAAUAAUAAAUUAAAUAAUAGUAUCUUAUUGAUGGAAAAAGGAAAUAAAGCUAUAACAAAAAUUCCCAACAGCCAGUUAUAUUUUUCGAACAAGUCUAAUAAGCAACAGAAAAAAGAAAAAACAAAAAGCCAGGAUGAAAACAAAAUAAAUGAACAUAAUAAUGAGGAUACACAUGCUAUUUCUUCCUUUUUAAAUAAAAUGGAAAAUAUAAAUGAUGAUCCAAAUGAUAAGAUUUCUAACAAUUUUGUUAUAAAAAAGGAUUUUAAAAAUUUGAUAAGUGAUGAUAAAUAUGCAGAUGUAAAUAAUCAAAAAUCCAUAAGAUCAUAUCUAUUAAGUAAGUACAAAAAGAAAAGUAAUGUAUAUGGCUUGUUCAUAAUUAAUGAACGAUUAAAAAAUAUAUAUAAAAAUAUUGAAAAUAAAAAAAAAUCAAUCAGUAAUUUCCCUAUAAAUAUGUGUAAUAUAGAAGACAUGAAAAAAUUCAGUAAUUCAUUUAGUAUUAUACAAAAUGAGUCUCAAGAAUAUUUUGAAAAUACAAACCCUGUUAAAAAUAGUGAAAAUCAAAAUUUUAAUAACAAAAAAGACGAAGAUGAAAAAUCUAUUGUAUAUCCAAAUAUUGAAGAAAACAAACUCUUAUUAGAAAUCCCGGAAACACAAAAGGAAGAGAUAAUAGGUGUACAGUUGAGCGAUGAUGAUGAUGCUAAGAGUCAUAUCAAAGAUGGUGACAACAAUAGUGAUGAUGAAAAUGAUAAUAUUUGUGCCGUAAUAAAUUAUGAACAUCCACAGGAUACUUUACAAGAAGUUGUGACCCAAAUUAAUAAAAAUAAAAAUAGUGAAAUUUGUGAUGAUUAUAAUGACAGUAUAGAAACUUAUGCUUGUGAUAGUGAACAUACACAAAUUUUCGAUUAUAAAGAGAAAGAAAAAGGAGAAAGGACAAUAAAAUCCAAAAAUUUUGAAGAAAAUAAUGAUUUGAUUUACAUGAACGGUUCAGGUGAAAAUCGAUUAAAAAUUAUUUCAUGUUCAGAAAAAAAUGACGAAAAAGAAAAAAAUAUUAUCAAUAAUGAUGAAAAUGAACCAUCAAAAAAACUAAGCGACUUAUUUUCAAAACAUGUUAAUAUUAGUGAGCAUAUGAGAAAGUUGCCUGUGUUAUACAGUAGCAAAAUUCUAAAAAAAGGGAAUCACAAUAUAUCUUUGAAUGGUAAUAAUAAAAAAAAGAAAAAUAAUGAACGUAAUAUAAAUCGUGAUGAUUGCUUUAAAAAUGACUUCAAAUUAGAUGAAAGCCAAGAUGAAUAUUAUGAAUUGUUGGAUAGUAGAAACGGAUAUGGGAAUAUCUUUGAAAAUUUAAAUGAGAGCAAAAUUAUUCUAAGAAAUGGAAAAAAAGAUAAAAAAUAUAAAGAUUAUUUAAAUAAAAUAAAAGCAGACAUGAUUGAAAACAAAGACGAAAUUUUCGAUGAUCAAAAAAUAGUGAAACAUCACGAAAAAGACACAUUCAAUAUAAAUGACACACUUAAUACAAGUUUUAAUCACUUUUUAUUAUCAUAUAAAUUAAAUAGAAGGGGACUUGAAAAUAGUAACAGUGGAUACAAUAAUAAUGAACAUGAUAAUAAUAGUAAUACAAUCUUUGAUAUAAUAAAAUCUGAAAAGUUGAACAAAAUAAAAAAAAAACAAACAAUUUUGGCACUUCAUAAUGAAAUUUCAAAUAAUGUUAUAAAAAAUAAACCCCAAAAUAUUCAAUUUGAUCAUUAUUACAAUAAAUUAAAAAUAUUACGAGAUAAAAACCAAAGGCUAAAAAAUGAUAGAGAUUUGUCAAGUGAAAAUUAUGAAAAAUCGAAUUUGUCAACCCAAAAUAUUUUAUUACCUACUAGCCAAAUAUCAUCAGCCUUACAUAAUAAAUCUGAACGUUCAGGUAAAACAUUCAAUAAUAUUUACGAUAAAAAAACAAGUGAAAGUUUCCUUUUUAAUAGUAACCCAUUAAAUAAUAAUUCAGCAAAUAAUCAUAGGGACCAUCAAAAUAAUUUUAUGGUACGAAAAAAAUGA